AUUUAAAGGCUUCACCAUGGCGGCAGGACCAACACAUCAAUCCUUUCUAUGCGUCUGAAUCAAAGUCAGCACACCAAAGCAAUUCAGGUAUUAAAGUUUCAAUAAUUCAAGUGAGAUUCUCUUAUUCGAGAUUUUGUAGCUAGAUGUCUAAUAACUAUGAUAAUUGGGAAAGACUUGUGGAAGUUGUUCUCCGUAGGGAACAACUCAGGCAACUUGCUUUAAUUUCCUCAAGGGAACCAAGUUUCAGCUCUAUAUCUGGGUGGAGUACACCGAUUCGUGGUGAUCGGAAUGUUCAACUUGGAUAUUCUUCUUCAAGUACAGUAAAUGAAACGGAUUGGGAGAGAUUGUUGCCACCUGAUUAUAAGGAUAUCGUCUCCAGAUCUGUGAAUCCUGUGGUUUAUGCAACCAAGGAAGAUCUGUAUAUGAGUCUUUGUAGCUCUCCUAUUUUACUUGAUGGAGGCAAAAUGAGCUUUCAUAUUGAUAAAACAACUGGGAAGAAAUGUUAUAUGAUUGGAGCAAUGGAACUUGGUAUUGAUGAUAGGAAAUUUGAACUUGAAAUUGAUGAGAAUUAUUUUGAAUGGAAAUUGACAUCUCAUGCAGACUCCAGAUUCUCCAGGGUGGGAGAUUUUAGAUUUUUUUUGGACGUUGAUAUCCGAGGGAAGAUCGAAACAGAAAUGCUAUCCCCAAAGACUCAUUAUGCAGCUUAUCUCGUGCAUAGAUUAGAAAUGUCUUACAUCAAACUUCGACCAGCAAAAGGGAUUAUCAAGUUUGUUAAUCUUGAUGAAGAUCAUGAUGCAGAAAAGCGAGGUACUGCUUUGCACCUUCAACCAGGUUUGGCGGGUAAAAGUCUACAGACUGCAGUAAGUAGACCAGACGGAUGGAUGGAAGUACAAUUGGGAAUGUUUUAUAAUGAUCUUGGAGACAAAUGGCCCCGUGGAGGCACGACUGUUGAAAGGGGGUAAAAAAUUUAUGCUGUUGAAAGGGGAUAAAAAAAUUAUGUCUCACCUCGUUAUUGAAGGAAUUGAGUUUCGAGCUGCUACAAAUGCAGAGAAAUAGCUUGGUGCAAAAGAAAAUGUGAGAAACCGAAGAAAUGGGAUCUUUUCAAAAUUAAGGAUUUAUGGAUAAUAUAGAAAUAAAUUUUCUGGCCCCCUCUGUUUUGCUUUCCUUUUCUCUUCUUUGAAAUGCAUGUGGAAUGACUGAGAAAAAUGUGGAGUUGCAGCAAAGAAACAAGUGAAAAUUUUUCAGCAAACUGUUAUGUAAAUAUUAUAGGGUUCGAGUUUAAAAUUAA